ACGCGGACACUAAGCAUUUCAACAUGAAGACUUUUAUUUGUUUGGUGGCUUUAGCAGUCACAUGCCACGCUGGUUAUGAUAGCCUCGACAAUGGAGGACACAACCAGGAUGGUGGUUACCAAUAUACAGCUCCUUUAGUAGGAAACGACUUCUCCAGCCAGGGGCAUGACAUCGCACAAAGCCAAAGUUUCGGUCAUGACAAUUCUGGACAAGGACAUGACUUCUCAGGUGGACAGGGACAUGACUUCUUAGGUGGGCAGGGACAUGAAUUGUCUAGCGGACAGGGUCACGAUUUCUCAGCUGGGCAAGGGCAUGACUUCUCAGGAGGGCAGGGUCACGGCUUCUCAAGUGGACAGGGACACGAUUUUUCUGGAGGACAAGGUAAUGACUAUACUGUUGCGCUAACGGGCCAAGGUCAAAAUUUUGGGCAAAAUCAAUUUGGCCAAGGACAUGGACCUUUACUGAAUACUUUUGGAGGUGAUUCCUAUCUUCAAGCUGCUCACGAUCUUGGAGGCCACCAAGACUUCAGCGGUUCUGAUGGAGGCCAGCAGGGGUAUGGGCACAGCCAGGGAUUCCUCCUAGAAGAUGGAGGCCACGACUUCGGACACGGAGGCUACGAUUUGGGUAAUGUUGAAGCUAUACCAGUUGGUGAGCAUACCGAUGAGGAGCACCCAGUUGAAGUGCCAUCGUACAAGCAUGUAACUGUACCGAUCCACAAGCCAUUACAUAUCAACGUACCCAAACCCAUCUUAAUUGGAGUACCACAGCCAUACCCAGUUAAAGUACCAGUACACAAACCUGUAGCGGUACCCGUUGAGACUGAAAUUUCGAUUCCCAUUGAAAAGCCGGUACCUUAUCCAGUUGUAAAGCACGUCCCAUAUCCCGUGGAAAAACAUGUGCCAAUCAGAAUAGAGAAAACCGUCACAGUUCACGUACCACAACCCUACCCGGUGAGGAUUCCCGUAUAUAAAACAAUUCACCACCACAAAGAGCAUCAUUAA